AUGUAUCAAAAUAAUUGUUGUAAACGUUCUUGUAAAACACAAGAGAAGAAAAAAAUAAAUAAAAAAACUAAUACCAAUGAGGAUAAACAACAAUUGGUAGCUACAAAAAAAAAAGAUGAAGAUGGUAAUAAUGAAGAAUUACAAUCAGAAUCCAGUACUGAUGAACAUCGUCCAAGCAUUGCUGCAGAAAUUAUAGAUUUUCUGAUACCAGCAACUCCUGAUCCAUUAAAAAAUCCAAGUAAACGUGAUCUUAGUCGAACAAUUUGGGUUGGUACAUUGAUUAUUAUCUUUUUAUCAUUAUUAUAUUCUAUAACAACAUUAACACAUUUUUCAUCAUUUAAAUAUGAAAUAACUGAUGAAACAAAAUUUGAUUUAUUAGUUAAUGAUACAAUUCGUUUAGUAUCACAUUGUGAACGUAUAUCAAAUUCUCGUCUAGGAAAUUUAAUAUUUUUUCCAAUAGCACUUUCUUUAAUAAUCAUUUUUUCAUGGUCAGUUAAACGAGAAAGACGAUGUUUAAAAACUUGUGAUGGUCGACCAGGUGUUAUACCACCAAUUGAACCAUUUCGUACAACAAAUCGUUUUACAACAGCAACAGUUUUUGGAAUUCUUUCAUUUGAAGUAUUAAAAAUAUUUGAAGAAUUACUUUUUAGUGCAAGUGAUCGAUUAAAUCAUGGUGUGCUUAUUGAAUUAAUUGAACGAAUAGCUGUUGUUAUUCUUGUUGGACUUCGAUAUUAUCCAGUACUUGCUUCUUUACAAUUACGUAAUAUUACAGCACGAUUUCUUAUUAGUCUUUAUAUAUUGGGUGAUAUUGUAUUUGCAAUUAUACGAGAAGGAUCAUGUAUGGGUUUUUUACCAUUAUCAAGAUAUUAUUCAUCUAUAGAAGAAGCAAAACUUCUUUCUCGAAGUGAAAGUCCAAAUAUAUCCGAAGCUAGUGAUUCAACAAAUUACUUAGCAACAGUUAGUAUUGAGCGUUAUAAUACACGAUCGUCACCAUCGGCACAUCGUUCAAGAACAGUAGAUGAUAAUCAUCAUAAUUAUCGUACAAAAAACUACAAUACAUUAAUCGGACAAGAAGAUUUUCAUCGAAAUGAUUCUAUAACUCCUUUGUCUAGAUCAGUUGAUCAACAAUUCAGUUUUCGUCCAUCAAGAAUUCAACGUGCUAUUCAAUGGAAUGAAGAAAAUAUUCCAAAAAAUGAAGAUAUUACAAAUUAUGAUGAUGAUAAUCAAACUAUAGAAAAUUCAAAACCAUCAUCAUCAUCAUCAUCAUCACAUUUCUAUCAAUCAAAUUAUCCUGUUCAUCGUAGUGCGACAUUUAAUGAACGUCAGCAUCAUUCACACCGAUCAAUGAAUAAUGAUACGAAUAAUCAACAUGAUGAUCGUCGUCAAACUCGAAAAUAUAUUGAAAUUCCUAUUCCUCGACGUCCAUAUGCUCCAUUAUCUAUUAAUGAUAUUCAUGUAAAUGAUUUAAUAAAAUUUACUCGACCAGGUUGUAAAAUAAGUAAAGGUAUUGUUAAAUAUAUUGGAUCAUUACCUGGUAAACCUGAUCAAUAUCUUGGAUUAGAAUUAGAAAAUGAAGAAAGUAAACAUGAUGGAGUUUAUCAAGAUAAACGAUUAUUUCAAUGUAAACCAAAUAAAGGAAUAUUUAUUGGAUUUAAUAAAGUAAUUAUGGCAUGGAGUGGAACAUAA